CCCGUGCCCCGCAGCCAAAGCAUGGUGGGGAAAACAAGCCAGGAAGCCAAGGGUCAGGAUGCCAAGAGCGAGGCCAGCUGCUUUGGAGGCCAGCGCGGCUGCUGGGGCAGGACUGCGCUCCCCAGCUGGUUGCUGGCUGCCUUCCUCCUCUCCGCGGUGUCCAUCGCUUCCUGUGUCUAUCUGGGGAUGAAGACCAGUGACCUUCAGGCCAGGGUCUUGGCCAUCGAGACCGCCCAAGGGGACUUGUCGGCGGCUGCUGCUUCCUACCAGCUGCUGCCCAGCUAUUCCUUGGAUCAGCUGAAUUCGUGGAUGCAGGAAAAAGUGGAGCGACUUCUGGCUCAGAAGUCCUAUGAGCAUAUGGCAAAAAUAAGAAUAGCGAGAGAAGUUCCUCCAGAAUGCAACUGUCCACCAGGUCCUCCUGGAAAACGAGGUAAGCGAGGAAGAAGAGGAGAGAUUGGACCCCCUGGUCAACCUGGUCCUCAAGGCCCACCUGGUCCAAAAGGGGAGAAGGGAGAUCAAGGUGAUCAGGGCCCUCGGAUGGUGUUUCCUAAAAUCAAUCAUGGGUUUCUCUCUGCUGAUCAGCAGCUCAUUAAACGCCGCCUCAUUAAGGGAGACCAAGGACAAGCUGGACCUCCUGGGCCACCUGGACCUCCAGGACCAAGGGGCCCUCCGGGAGAUACUGGGAAGGAUGGCCCCCGAGGAAUACCUGGUGUACCGGGAGAGCCAGGAAAGCCAGGAGAACCAGGCUUAAUGGGACCUCAGGGGCCUCCAGGACUAAAGGGCUCUGUUGGGGCACCUGGUGUCCCAGGAAUGGAUGGACAACAGGGUGAACCUGGUGUAAUGGGGGAGAGAGGACUUCCUGGACUUAAGGGUGACCCUGGACAUCGGGGAGAAAGGGGUGAUCCAGGGGAAGCUGGGCCAAAAGGUGACGCAGGAGAGAAGGGUGAUCCUGGGUCUUCUGCUGCAGGGAUAAAGGGGGAACCUGGAGAAUCAGGUCGACCAGGACAAAAGGGUGAACCUGGACUCCCAGGGCUUCCUGGACUACCUGGUAUUAAGGGUGAACCCGGUUUCAUUGGGCCACAGGGAGAACCUGGAUUACCAGGGUUACCCGGAACAAAGGGUGACAAGGGAGAAGCAGGGCCUCCUGGGAAAGGUGAACGAGGUGAACCGGGAGUUCCAGGGCUAAAGGGGAGGUCAGGCGAAUCUGGAGCUAGAGGCCCAAAGGGGUCAAAGGGUGAUCCUGGAGACAAAGGUGAUUUGGGUGCUGUAGGUCCAAAGGGCCCACCUGGACAAAAAGGUGAUCAAGGUGCUACAGAAAUCAUCGACUACAAUGGCAAUAUCCAUGAAGCCUUACAGAGGAUUACCACCCUAACUGUCACGGGUCCUCCUGGCCCUCCUGGCCCCCAGGGAUUGCAAGGGGCAAAGGGUGAGCCGGGAUCCCCAGGAAUAUCAGGAGCUGAAGGGGAGCCGGGGCCUAAAGGUUCAAAAGGGGAGACAGGUGACCCUGGAAUACCAGGAGAAAAAGGAGGGAUUGGACUUCCAGGAUUGCCAGGAUCCAAUGGUAUGAAAGGAGACAAAGGAGAUGGUGGCUUGCCAGGUCCUCAAGGUCCUUCUAUUAUAGGACCACCAGGAUCUCCUGGCCCACAUGGUCCACCAGGGCCUAUGGGACCUCAUGGACUACCAGGCCCAAAGGGUGUAGAUGGCCCAGUUGGUCCACAUGGUCUUGCAGGUCCAAAAGGAGACAGAGGUGAAAAGGGAGUUCCAGGAGAUCCUGGCCCCAGAGGACCAUAUGGCUUGCCUGGCAAAGAUGGAGAACCUGGCCUUGAUGGUUUCCCUGGUCCUCGCGGAGAAAAGGGUGAUGUAGGAGAAAAGGGAGAAAAGGGAUUCCGUGGAGUUAAGGGGGAAAAAGGGGAGCCAGGCCAGCCUGGCCUGGAUGGGCUGGAUGCCCCUUGCCAAUUGGGGCCAGAUGGGUUACCUAUGCCUGGCUGUUGGCAAAAGGGAGUCACACCAUGGCUUAUUGCAAAAAAAUGAUAACAGGAGAUUAGACGAUGGUUUCCAAUUUGGAGGGGAGUUUGGUUCCUUCUGAAGGUGGAUGGCCUUUCAGUUUUCCGGGUCAUGCAGCCACCUUUGCCAAAAAGAGUGCCACCUGUUUCAUCAGCAUCUGUUUGCUUGCACUGCUCACAGUCACGAUGUAUUCACCUUGGGAGGAUGUCAGCAACAGGCCCUUGUUGACUGUUUCACCAAGAAGAAAAGAAGCAUGAAGAUUUCUUUGUGAGCAGCUUGACAGAGUUGCAGAGAAACACCAAAUGGAUCACUUGAUGCCAGGCCCCAGCAUCAACUGGAAGACAGUGUGACCGUAUUCAAGGCUUGGUGCAGUAUGUGUUUCACAUAAGUGUAUUUUGGGAUUGUGAAGGGAAAAGAAAGUAUUCUUGGCAAAAGACACCUUAAUAUGCCUGCCUUUGGAAAUACGGAACAGAUAUAUGGAUUUAUGCGGAUUAACAUUUGGGUUUUAGAUGUUCCUGAUUAAAUAACAAAACUUUUGUAAGAUUUUGGAAAAUAUAUUUAAUUUAAUGUAUUUCAUUUUUUCAGUCCACUAAAUCUCUUCUACAGAAGCAUAGAGUUUCAGGAACACCACUUGUGUUUGGCUUAUUUGAGCAUUAACGUUUUGAGGGACCUAUGAGGUCUUUACUUCUCCAAAGGAAAGAGCUGUUUAUUUUUUUUACUUGUACAAGCUUAUUUGAUUAUAUGGCUUUCUUUUCUUUGACAAUUACAUGUUUUGAGCUACCAUAGUUUUAAAAAAUGGAGGAGAGAGGGAGAAGAAUGAUGAUUGCACAACAGUCACAGCACAUUACAAAUGUUUUCCCAAAUAUAUACAGUAUUUGCUUCAGACUUUUAAUUACUAAUCUUUAAUUUCUGUAUUUGGAACACAUUUUAAUGCUUAUGCCUUAUGUUCAUAAGACAUAUUUAUAGUGAAUCUGAGAAACUAAUUUAUGUUGUUUACUGUGCCACCAUCCAUCUUUUUAAAAUAUCACUGACUGUUAAAAUUGGUUGCUACAUUUUUAUGUACAUUCAUGAGAAUUUGUUUUUUUAUGCCUGACCAAAUAAGUUAAGCAUGUAACAAUAAUAAUAAUGCUAAUAAUAAUGUUAUUAGGAUGGAAAUGUCUUUAUCAUGUAAUCAUCAGUUUCUGCAAACUAUAGUACCAACUUGGAAACAAUGUUAAAGUGAUUACACUACCAAAUAUUAGCUCAAUACUGCCUUAUAUCCAUGAGUGAAUAGUGUCUGCCCUAGAAACCUUAACAUUUUGUUUUUACUUAAAUUUCAUAUUUCAGAAUA